ACUCUCUCACGCGAUACUACGACGAUACUGCUGACUGCGAUAUGUACACACCUACACCCACACCUACAUACACGUCUAUCCCGGAAUGAGAAAUACACUCCGUGGCGACUACCUGAUGCCCGAGAACGCGAGCUCAAAACAGUCACGUGGUCUCUCCAAGUCGAAGGAUGUUUGCUGGGAUUGUAUAGUCAGUCGGUCUCUCCAACGAGAACGAGAAACACAGACAUAAUUGCGUUCCACUUUCAAAUAUAUACAUAAAAACAAAAAGAAAAGAACAAAAACCACAUUGAAACAGAAUUCAAAAUCAUCCAUUCCUUUUUUUAUAGAAAAUUUUGUCCUAAAAUUUAAUUUAUCAAUUUAGAACCUCAACAGCUUGUUGCCGUCGAAUUUUUUUACUUUUUUCAACAAAGAAAAGUGAUUUCCAAUAUUGUGAUAAUGUUCGAUAACGAUUGUGAUAAAAAUUUUAAAGUGACGAAUCAUGAGUGUUGUGUUGUUUCAUUCAGUUAGUUUAUGUGAUUCUCUCGAGACGUGUUUUCUUCAGGAGGCGAAAUUUGUUGAUAAAAAAUAAAACGGUCGUCUUCGUUGUUGUUGUUGUUGUCUCAUUCACGGAAUGCAGCUCGCAGCGUCCCAGAGACCUCAUCCUCCUCCGGUACCACCAAGGCCGAGUAGACAGGUCGUUGCCGAAGCCUUGAAACGAUCACCCAGGCCUCCUUGUCCCACUAGGCAAGCACCACCACCACCCAAUACAAAACCCUGGCGUUCCAAUAAUCAAGAAAUCCUCAAUAAACCCGGUCGAACUGUUGUCUAUGAGUCCAACAAUCAGGAAACAUCACUAGACGUUGAUAUCGAGCCAGAAGUAUCAUUGGAUAAAGAUAUUGAAACAAAGCCAGAGGAACAAGAAUUAAAUGUAAUAGAAAAUAAUUCAAAAGUAGAAAAAGAAAAUCAAAAUUUCGAAAAGGAAUCAAAAUCAGAGGAUGAGGAAAUAAAUUAUUCCGAUGUGGAGAGUGUCGAAUCACCAAUUCCACAGAGUCGACGCCCAAGUGUUGAGAGUUUGUUGGAGAACGAGAUCUACGAGCUUGUGGAGGAAUGUCGAUUAAAGAAUUUAGAGAAACGAGAUGGUCAAGAUCCCAAGGAGAUCAGAUUAGGUGACAUCCAGCUGGAUCCAUCGAGACCGCGAUUACGUUCACAAAAAAUGAAUCUCCUAACAAGAGAUCGUGUGAGAAGUCGAAAUAAAGAUGAAAUCGAUGGUCAUCAUAGUGGAAAAAGUCAAAGGCCAUUGGUACGUUGUCCCAAACCUCUAGAACGUACAAAUUGGCCAAGACCACCAAUUCCAGCAAGAAAUAAUAUUCAAAUUGGCGAAAAACCAAAUUUAGAAAAAGAUACACGACCUAGGUUACCAUUAAAGCCAAGACAGAGGUUAUCAUCACAAUUGACAAAUGACGGUAGCGAGAUAAAUAAAUCUAUUUUGAAUGAUGGAGCGACAGUGGUGAUUGUUGAUGAGCCAGAACGUAAAGUUGUGGUUUUUAAUGAUGAUGGAGAUAAUAUUCAUCAUCAAGAUUGGUUGGAAGCUGGUGUCCGUUACUCCUCCACGCAAAUUACCCUGUCAGGAGACGACGAAGCCACAGAUCGUGUCAAUGGAUUUGCCCACCUCGAGGACGAGGUGGAGUUCGGUGACCUCGAUUUUUCCAGUAUACUCGAGAGGAUAGCGAUGUCUUCCUUGCAAGGAUUGCCGCCUCUUCCACGGAGUCUCAGUGGAUUUAAUCUCAAUAGUGGAAGGGGAGAAACAGGUGAACCACCUCCACCGCCAACAAGAUCCUCGAGUAAGGCUCAAAGAAGCGCAAAAACACCAACUAAUGUAACACAAUCCAGCUCAAGACCCUCGCCACCUGCGAGACAACUAACCACCCUUGACACUCAAUUGGCCAUCCUCAGGCGAGAAAUGUUUGGUCUUCGACAAUUGGAUCUUUCACUAUUGUCACAACUCUGGUCACUAAAUGAAUCGAUACAAGAAUUUCGGCAACUUUUACAAGAACAAGAGGAUAGAGCACCAUCGCCAUCGCCAAGUAGCGAAGAUGGUGAUGACAAUAAUUAUGGACCACAUCCAAGAAGACCAGCACCUACUCUACAUCAUCAUAGACCACCGAGACCUCCAAGACCACCAAAACCACCUCCUAGUGACGAAUCUCCGUCCAGUGAAGAAUAUGGAGCCGUUUGAUUCUCUAUUUUUCAACGUCCACUGAUAAAUAAUUCUCUAAAUUGCCAAAAAAAAAAAAUGAAGAAAAAAAAAUCGACACUAAUUUGUGGACCUGGAGGAGAAAUUCGUUUCUUCAUUAGUACUUAAAUGUCCAAUUUUUGGAUUGAUCUCAAUUGAGUGAGCUUAAAACAUAAAUGUCCUUCUUCAAUCCUUUUUUUUAAAUUUUUAUCAUAAAAAAAUUAAUUUAAAAAAAAAUUUAAAUAAUCACUUACUUGACUUAUUUAUUUUCAUUUUAUAAUUAUUUCAAUCAAUUAAAUUGUGUAUAUUUGUUUCAAAUAUCAAAAAUAGAAUUCAAAUAAAAUUUUUUUUUUUUUUUUGCUUCAAGUAAAUAACGUCGGGUGAAGUUCACAAUGUUUAUAAUCGAUUGAAAAAAAAAAUAAUUAAAUUUUUGAUAUGGAAAAUAAAAAUUUUUUUUGCUAACAAAUUAUUUUUUUUCCAAAUUGUUAAACGAGAAAUUUUUUAAAAAUUUGUUUAGACAAAAAAAUUAUCCUAAUUUGCAUAGAAAAAUAUUUUUUUUCCUUCUAAAUCGUUGAUCAUAAACAUUGUGAAAUAUUUAAUUUUGAUAAUAGUCAAGUGAUUAUUUGAAUCAAAUAAUUUUUUUCUUGAAAAUUGAAAAUGCAAAAAAAUAAUUCAAAAAUUUAUUAAAAAUUAAAGGAUUCAAAUAUUGGAUUGAAGAGAGACAUCGAUAAAUACAGAAUGGCCGAGAAAAUUGAUAAAACAUAAGCAAUUUUAAUAAAUCAAGUCAUAAUUUGUAAUAUUAAAAAAAAAGUUCCUGUAAAGUUUUAACGAAAAAAAAAAAAAAAAAUUAAGUGUGCCUGUAUCGUUUACCGAAGGAAUGAAAAUAAAAAUAUGUAAAAUAUUCUCCGAUUUUCAAUAGCAGAAAGAAAUAAAAAUUCACUAACUGUAAAUAGUUUUCAAUAGUACAAAAUAAUAAUAAUAAAUAAGUCAAAUUCGAUAAAAAAAAAUCCUUUAUAAAGAAAAACAAAAUACAAUUUUUUUUUCAAUUACUGUUCGAUAUGUAAAUAAAAUGGAAUAUAUUGAAGUAAUUCGACAAUUAACUCGGACAUUCUGUUAAUUUAAAAAGAAAAUUAUAAUAAAUUCGUUCGAUUUUAAUCGAGCGAUAUGGCUAGUGAGUUCCAAAGAAGUCUCCUAAGAUUUCUUCUUUCCUCUAUAAUGACGCUAAAAAUCCAGUUCUUUAAAAUGUUUUUACAAACUGCGUAUUGCGUCAAUUUCCGUCAAUUGUUAACAGAGCGAUUUUUUUUUGCGUGUAAGUGAUAUAAAAAAAUAAAUAAAUAAAUAAAAGGA